AGGACGUUACCGGAAUUUAUUUUAAUAAUAAAGUCGUGCAGCCGCAGGGAUUUCACAGAGGCCCCGCCGGGUGCAGAAGGCAAGCAAAAGAGGAUGUGAUGCGGUGGCCGCCCGCCAUGCACGUUUGGAGGGGCGAGAGGAAGUGAGAUAAGAGAAAGCCAGUCAUUCCCCAACAAACCCAGUUCUCCAAAUAUAGAUCAAAGAUCUCCAAAAAUGGGAAAUUUUCAACGAACAGCGUGGGCAACCCUUCAUCCAUGCCUUGCGCCCCGUAACGUCUCCUUUUUCAAAAUCGGAGCUGAAGGGGUUGCGGCCGAGGCUGCGGCCGAGGCCGUCGUUGCCUUGGCAGUGAGGAGGAAGACGAAGAAGGGGAAGAUUAAACUCUAGAGAGAGAGAGAGAGAGAAAGAGAGAGAUGGGGGGAAAUUCGAACUAUACGUUGAGUGAUACAGUGGUAUGUUACUCGGGGAGGAUAGGCACAAACAAUGGGCUGUGGCAGGGAGACAAUCCCCUGGCUCCGGCGCUGCCGAUUUUCGCGCAGCAGAUGAUCGUUAUCAUUACCUUAAUUCGUCUUCUCCGCAUCGUGUUCAAGCCUUUGAAGAUACCUCGCGUUAUCCCCGAGAUUGUUGGUGGUUUGUUAUUAAGUCCUUCUUUAUUGGGAGAGUGGCAUUAUUUUAGGCUAUCAAUUUUCCCUUCUGGCAGCGUGCUUGUAUUAGAUACAUUGGGAAACUUGGGCGUCCUUUACUUCUUCUUCCUUCUCGGCCUGGAGCUUGACAUAAAAACAAUGUUACAACCUGGCAUGGAGGCCCUGCACAUUGCCAUGGCUGGAGCUGUCCUUCCAUUCAUUACUGGGGUAGGCGUAUACUUCCUUCUGGUCAGUGGAAAACUAAAUGUUGGUGGUUUAUUUUUCUGUAGUGCCGCACUCACUGUGACAAGCUUCACAGUUCUCACACAAAUCCUUGCAGACCUCAAGCUCCUCCAUGGAGACAUUGGCAGAACAGCCAUGAGUUCAGCCAUUAUCAGCGAUCUAUUUUCAUGGGUUCUUCUUGCAAUGGGAGUAGCAAUAAGUGGUCAGAAUAAGGCUCUAGAAACCUUUGGGGUGUUGGGGUCCACAGCAAUCUUUGCACUUCUCUGUUGUUUUUUGGUCAGUCCAACUGUUUCAUGGUCAUUAAAGGGAAGUACAGAAGGCCAAAACUUGAGUAAGUUCCACAUAUGUCUUAUACUUACAGGAGUUGUGCUUGUUGCACUUAUGGCAGAUCUUUGCGGGGCACACUCCUUUGUUGGUGCAUUCUUGUUUGGACUUUGUAUACCUGAUGGGAUGCUCAGGGCAGUUCUCAUAGAAAAACUUGAAGAUGUUGUGUCGGGGGUUUUGCUACCACUCUUUUAUGGGGUUAGUGGGUUGAAAACCAAUCUUAGUGAUUUCCCCACGGAUGUCAUGAGUUUGGGAAAGGUGGUGUUGGGUAUAGGUUUGGCUUGCCUACCUAAGGUUGUCGGUGCUAUUGGUGUUUCUUUCUUCCAUCGGAUGCCACUUUUAGAUGGGAUGGCACUUGGAGUGCUUAUGAACUCCAAAGGCCUCAUGGCAUUGGUCAUCCUUAAUAUUGCGCGGGAGAAAUCGGUUAUUGAUGACCUUACAUUUGCCUCAAUGUUGAUUGCAAUUGUGUUGAUGACCAUUGUGAUAACACCCUUAGUAUCAGUUCUUUACAAGAAAAAAAGGAAAUUCCAUCUGUACAUCCAAAGGACCAUAGAAGGGUUGAAACAGGGUACAGAAUUACGAAUCCUUGCAUGCAUUUACUCGGUGCAAAACGUCCCAGGCAUCAUAAACCUUCUCCAAGUUUCUAAUGCCAGCAGGCAUUCCCCUCUCUAUGUCUUUGCUCUCCACCUUAUUGAACUCACUGGGCGUGCUUCUGCCAUGCUUGUUGUCCACAGCACUCGCAAGUUGAAUGGCCACAGCCUCAGCGGCGUAGAGACUGAUGCAGACCAGAUUGUUGAUUCCUUUGAGAAGUUUGAUCAGGAAAAUGAAGCAGUUGCAGUUCAACAACUCACUGCCAUGUCGUCUUACACAAGUAUGCAUGAAGAUAUUUGCAGCUAUGCUGAAGACAAGCGUGUGGCUCUCUUAAUACUUCCAUUUCAUCUGCAGCAAAAGAUUGAUGGCAGCAUGGAGGAAGAAAACCCUUCUAUAAGGGGCAUAAACCGGAAUGUGCUAGGGAAUGCACCAUGCUCCGUGGGCAUCUUCCUUGACCGUGGGUUUGGUGUGCAGUCCAGCAAAGUCAUGCGAAUUGCCAUGCUCUUCUUUGGUGGGCCUGAUGAUCGCGAGGCUUUGACUUAUGCAUGGAGGAUGAUGGGAACCCAUGGCAUUAGUUUAACUGUUGUUCGAUUUGUUCCUGGUGAGGAUGCAGCAGAAGUGGAGGUCUUGGACAUUCCCAACAAGGGUCAUGGGAUUUUGACCAUAUUGACAUACAAUGAGUGCCAGAAGCAGCUUGAUGAUCAGUUUCUAAACGAUUUCAGGCUGCAAACAGUGAGAGACGAAAUGGUGUUAUACUCAGAGCUGGUCUCAAAUAAUGGGGAAGAAACUGUAUCACUGAUAAAAACAAUGGACCAUGAUUAUGAUCUGUAUAUAGUUGGCAAAGGGGAUAAGGUCGUUUCUCCUCUCACAGCUGGGCUCAAUGACUGGAGUGAAUGCCCCGAGCUGGGGCCAGUAGGGGAUUUGCUAGUCUCAUCUGAUUGUGCAGAAAAAGUUUCAGUGUUGGUGGUGCAGCAAUAUGUUGAGGCACAACCAGUCAGCUGUGAAUUGGAGAUGUCAGAAAGCGCACUGAAACAAAAGAUGUCAUUUGAGAACUAUAGCUAUCCAAAUAUGUCAGCCAACCACGGUGCGUCUGAACUCCGGUGGAUUCCUUGAGGGCCAAAGCUCCAUGCACGAUGAACCAUUUCAAAGACCCAGGAUCACCUUCUACAUAACAUUUGGAAUGUGCCACUUCAUUUGGUGUUGAGUAUUCCAUUUGUCUUUGUUUGCAGUGGCAAAUGGUAGCAUAACUAUGGUAAUCCGUGAGUAUUUGUUGUACUCGAAGGAAAGUUUUUGCCUAUUUUCCUAAACUAACAAAGAACUGCAAAGACGCCAAUAGUAGUCCAAUUUGAAACCAAGGUAAGGUCAUUUUCACCUAAAAUAAAGGCUUUUCGGACCAUUCUCUGGCUGUUAUCAUUGCUUUCUCUGCCCAUCAAAAGGACCUUCUUGUUCUCGGGCUGUAAUAUGCACAAAAGUUUAGUCAUUUCCCUCAAAAAGAGGCGCAGGAUCAAUUAUCUGCCUUGCAAAAUCA